AUGACAACAGUCGCUAGUCACGGUGCCUCUGCCGCAGAACUCGCCAAGUUCCGGCAGCUGCAGCGUCACUGGUGGGAUCCCGACGGUCCACUCCGCACUUUACAUCUUCUCAAUCCCGCCCGCGUGGCGUAUAUACACCGCGCCUGUCAACAGUACGCCCGUCGCAACACGCCGCACACCACCGCGGACGCACUGCGCGGCAUGCGGGUGUUGGACGUUGGCUGCGGCGGCGGUGUUCUCUCAGAGAGUCUCGCACGCCUCGGGGGCCACGUGCUUGGCAUUGACGCCGGCGCCGAAGGUGUAGCGGUCGCACUGCGACGUCGUGGACAGCUGCUGCGGAGUGUGGCACACACACACGGUGAGCUCGUGCAGCUUAAUUACCGCCAUGUCUCACUUCACACCAUUGCACAGGAGGAGAAGCAGCAAUUUGAUCUUGUUGUGGCCUCUGAAGUGAUGGAGCAUGUGGAGGAUGCCGCAGGAUUUGUGCAGGAUCUAUGUGCAGCAACCAAACCUGGUGGGAUACUAGUGGUUUCCACAAUGGAUAAGUCUUUUCGUGCAGCUGUGGGAUUUAUUGGUGUUGCGGAGUAUAUAACUGGGUUGGUUCCACCUGGAACCCAUGAUUGGACAAAGUUUGUGCCCCCGAAAGACCUUUCGAGGUGCGCUUUAACCCAUCAAGUUAGGGAAGUGGAUCUUCAGUAUGUUAUGGCGUGCCCGGAUGUAUUGAGGUCAAUUGCCACACGUCAGUUACAACUAAGUUUUUCACUUACAAAUAAAAUAGAUACAGGUCAUUAUUUUUGGACUGGCGUAAAGAUGCCGACUCCAGUGGCUACAACAGUCGCCUAA